AUGUUGCGUGAUACCGCACAAUACCUCGGAAUCCUCAACGAUUGCAAAGAGAAUGGAAAAGUACCUCACGGUCGACUGAUUUCGGUGGUGAUUGAAGAUUUCUUCGAAGAUCCCAUUGCUUAUCGGAUUCGACAAAACAGUACAAAUGAAGGGAAGGAGGCAGAGUUCAUGGAAGGAGACCAGCUGGAUGACUUAUCUGCGGCUUCAUUCAACGUAGCGGAUGCAAUGGAUGGUUAUGAUGCGUUCAACGAUGGGUUUUUCGAAGAAGAUAUUGGCAUUCUUGACCACUUUAACGUUGACUGA